GCUGCUGUCAUUGUCAGAUGAGCUGAGUCUAAGCUAAUGCUUAGACUCAGCAAGUCUAAGUGCAAGUGCCAAAUCUGUGCUGAUUAUGUUCAAAUGCUGCCCUUUGCAGAGCUGGAGUUGCUUAGUUGUAUGAGAGCACUUGUGAAAGAAGCUUCAGAGGUAGCUGUAUGUCAUCUUUGUUCCUGCUGCAGGCAAUCCAGGGGGAUUAGCCAGAGGCAAGCAGAGGGGUGAAGAAAUUUUGCUUUCUGCUUGGUCAAUGAGACUGUGCAGCCCCACUUCCCUGUGCAGCUGAGCAGAGAGUGGGAGGACACUUGGGUGUUAGAUCAUUAUUACCAUCAAACUCCUGUUACCCAAUGAUCAGCUGACAUCUUUUAUGGUCUGUGUGCCCUAGGCACAAAAUUAAAAGAGUCACCCCCCAAACAUCUUCCAAUAUAAACUGUGAGGAAAACUAUUACAGGAAUAGCAGAGAACAUCAGAAUCAACAGUAUUGGGGUGAGUUAAGCAGCAGAGCAUGUAGUUGGUGCAUAUGAUGGCUGAACUGCUCAGUAGCUGCACUGCCAACCCUCAGGAAAUUUAUUUUUAUUUCUCAUUCUUGCAAGAGGUUUUUAUGAAACCAGGGCCGUGGGCAGAGAUUUUUGUCACAGCAGGAGUCAUGGCACAAAGAGGUGUAUAAUUAACCUAUAUUUUGUGUCCCUUGCAGAGGCAAUGAUUGAGAGAUGUGUAACUGUAAUAUAACGGAAUGAUGUCAUAUAUACUUUAAAAUAAGAACACUUAAUUCUCUGGGAUGGGGAAGUAAAAGUUAUAAAGAGGGGAAAGACAGAGAGUCACAGGAGUGUCAAGUGUUUUUUCUCUUUUCAGGGAGGUAGCCCAAAAGCAAGAUAAACUGGAUCUCUCCUCUCUCUACACAGCUGUAGAAUUGUAGAGAGACAAAGUAGCUGUGUAAAUCAGAAGUAAAAUGUUAACAGUGAGUGAGGUGCUGGUAUUUUUUGUGGUGUCUCUGCUGUUGAUACAGUUUCUGAAACUGCAAUGGAUGCGAAGACGAUUUCCUCCUGGACCAACUCCAUAUCCCUUCUUUGGAAAUCUGCUGCAGAUGAACUUCAAAAUCCAUCAUGAGCAUCUUAAAAAAAUGGCCAAAAUUCAUGGUAAUAUCUUCACCUUAUGGUUUUCAAACACUCCUGCUGUUGUCCUGCAAGGGUUUCAGGCAGUGAAGGAAGGUCUCACUGCUCAUGCUGAAGAUGUUGCUGGAAGGCCCACAAGCAAAAUUUUUCACAUUCUGACACGUGGAAAUGGUGUAAUAUUUGCUAAUGGUCAUCUCUGGAAGCAGCAGAGGCGUUUUGGAAUUGCAACAAUGAGGAAAAUGGGAGUAGGGAAAAAAGAUAAGGAUUAUCUACUGCAAGAGGAGGCUGCUCACCUGGUGGAAUACUUACAGAAAACAAAUGGAAAACCUCUGGACCCCACUAUGCCUGUUGUUCAUACAGUCUCAAAUGUGAUUUGUCUUGUGAUUUUUGGACAUCGUUUCUCCAGAGAUGACGAGAAUUUUCACCGCCUGAUUGAAUCCUUUGACACCAUUUCAGCAUUUUUGAACAGCAUCUCCUUCUUUAUAUAUGAGUUGUCUCCCUGGCUUGCUGGUCAUUUUCUGCCAUCAGUUAAAAAGCUUAAGUCCUGUGUACAUUUUGUGAAUGAUCUGUUAGCAAAGGAACUUGAAAGUCACAAAGGAAAAAGAAAAUUUGAUGAGAAUCAAUGUUUUGUUGAUUACUAUUUGGAUGAGAUAGAUAAAACUAAAGGAGAUGCUGAUGCUACUUAUGAUGAAGUAAACUUUCUCCAGACCAUUUCUGACCUCUUUAUAGCAGGCAUAGAAACUACAGCCACCACUUUACUGUGGGCAUUGCUCUAUAUGGUGAUUUAUCCUGACAUUCAAGAGAAAGUCCAGAAGGAGCUGGAUGCUGUUGUGGGUUGUUCCCACGUAUUUUGCUAUGAGGACAGGAAAAAGUUGCCCUACACAAAUGCUGUAAUUCACGAGAUCCAGCGAUACAGCAACAUACUCUUAAUUGCCCUGCCCAGACUGAGUGUGAAGGACACAGAGCUGCUGGGAUAUCAUAUUCCAAAGAACACCAUAGUUUUAUCAAAUAUUGACUCUGUUCUGGCUGACCCUGGAAAAUGGGAGACACCUGAUCAGUUCAACCCAGGCCACUUUCUGGAUAAAGAUGGAAACUUCAUAAACAGAGAAGCAUUCUUACCAUUUGCUAUAGGGCACCGUGUGUGUAUGGGGGAGUUGUUGGCAAGGAUGGAGCUCUUUAUUGUCUUUUCCACCCUCCUACAAGCAUUCACAUUCACCCUGCCAGAAGGUGUGAAGGAAGUCAACACCAAAUUUGUUUUUGGGAGCACGAUGAAGCCACCUCCCUACCAAAUCCGUGCCAUUCCUAGAUAGGAAAUGGUAGAUUCAGGGAGGAGUUACUCUAAAACUGCUUCUGUAUGUGAAUUACAUUUUUUAUGUCUCAAGAUUUUUGCUUUCCUCUUCAUUUGCUUAAUCACUACCCUGAAAGAUUCUUGACAAACUGUUGCAUCCUGAGCACUAUAAUUAUAAAGGGUUCAUAUUCUGUUCUUUUUUUCUGUUUGGAAAAUAUUCUUCUCCUUUGGAAAAUAAACUUCUCCUGAGGUGUAAUAAAUAAAGACAUUAAGGGAAUAAUUACAGUUGGGACUUAUUUAUUACCAACUGGAAAGAGGUUUUACAGAAUCUUGAAGUGUGGUCUAUAAGUCUCAUGAAUAAAGAUUCUUUCUCAUAAGCCACAGUUGGAUUUGUGGAGAUGGGUUCAGAGGUCUUCCAGUCUGUCUCAUGGUAUCAGUGGUUGAAGAAAAAGCUCUUGGAGGAAGGUUUCUAGAGGCAGAAAGUAUGAUCUGAGAUAACAUUCCAUUAGGCUGAUAUGGUUUGCUGUUGAGCAGCCCUGUUGUAUACAACUCUAUCAUUGUCACUUGGGAAGAACGUUCAGGGUGUCACCCACUAAACCAGGUAGCAUUUCAACCCUUCUGAUGAAAAUAGAAGAGUGUCUUCAUCAGGCAGCUGUGGAGAGCUUUUCAUGUCCUUGCAAAGAGCAACGACUGGAAGACAAAUGACAACAGUGAGCAGGCGCAGUGUUGAUAAUUUAUUCUUUUUUAUGAGCCCACUAUUUUUGAGCAACGUGGGAACUUUUCCUUCAUGCCAGGUAGUCUACUUGUGAUGACUGCUCCAGAUCCUCCAAAAGUUUAUUCAGCUUCAUUUUUUCUUUCAUUUUUAAAAUGGAUUCUUUAUCACAGUUAGAUGACCUCACUUUGCACACCAUGACCAAGAGUAUAUUUGGCAUUACUGAAGAGUUCUGGAAGCCCUUUAUGAGCCAGGUGCCUAAGGAAUUGGCAAAAAUGGGUGUUUUCUGCUGCUCUGCUUACUGGCAGUUAAAAAGGGAUUUUCUUUUAUGCCACUGGGUUACAUUCUUCUGGUAUGAGGUACAAAUUGGAUACUGCUUGCCAACACAGGAAGGAUUAUUUUUAUACACUGAUUAGCUGACAGUGCCAUCUCCAGGACUGACAUCAUUAUCACAGCUGCCCACCUGGUGUUUUAAAGCACCCCGGUCUAACAGGCAGGGAUGUGCAUACAGGAUCCAACCUGGGUUGGCAGUCUCUUCCCCUGCAGGAUUACCUUUAUGGGAUGGUUCUACCUAUGUCCAGCAUGUCCUGGCAGGUGAUUGGUAUGAAGUUUCCUCAUGCUGGACCUGCAAACAUCCCCCGGGCAGUAGCUCCACACUGGUAAGAGAAUAAUUCAUUUGUAUCCAUGUGAGGCUGGGAGGGGAAGCAGAAGUUGCUUGCCUUUAGCAAGUUAAAAAUCACCAAUUUUAAAGAGCAGCUGGAAGAUAGUGCUGAAGAAACGCUGCUGAUGGUUGCAUUUCGUAAUUAUUAAGAAAAUGGAGCCUUGGCUAUCUCAUAAAUACAUUUUCCAUCAAAUAAAGUAAGAUAAAUCCCAUGCCUCCUCUCUGAACCAACCCACAGUCAUCUUCCUUUUCCAGUGUGACAGAACUGUAUUCCAGGCUGGUUCCAGCUGAACACUGGUUAAAGGUGUGAGACUCCAGCCCUUGUGGGGUGAGGGCACCGGGGCUUAAUUUCCAGUGGACAGAAAUUACUUUUCCUGAUGAAAAAUCACUUAGAUGGAAAAUCUUCUAAUAUCUAAAAGAAAAGGGAGUACAUUAUAUUGAUUCCAAAUUAAAAGUUCUGAUAAAUUGGGAAAUUUGAAGCAGAGUUUGUGAGAUUACACUGGAGAGAAGGCAAAAUUUAACAAAUUUCUUUUUAAAGAGAAUUUUACUUUCCCUGUUGAAAGAGAGAGACAAA